AUGGCGCUUGAUCGUCGGUGUCACUGGACGCCUGCGGCUUUUCUGCUAAUUCUUCUGCUCCUUAAUGACGUCGCUAGCGGGAAAACUCUCAAGCGCGAUGUUAAAGCUUUGAACGAAAUUAAAGCAUCUCUUGGAUGGCGUGUGGUAUAUGCUUGGGUUGGAGAAGAUCCAUGUGGAGAGGGUGACUUGCCUCCUUGGUCUGGAGUUACAUGCUCACAGUCCAACGUGGGAGACUACAAAGUCGUUACUGAACUGGAAGUUUAUGCAGUUUCCAUUGUCGGCCCUUUCCCAACAGCUGUGACCAAUUUGUUGGACCUCACGAGGCUGGAUCUUCACAAUAAUAAGCUGACUGGUCCAAUUCCUCCUCAAAUUGAGCGUUUGAAGCGUCUCAAAAUGCUUAAUUUGAGGUGGAAUAAGCUGCAAGAUGCUAUUCCUCCUGAAAUAGGAGAACUAAAGCAGCUCACUCAUCUCUAUUUGAGUUUUAAUAAUUUCAAAGGUGAAAUUCCAAAGGAGCUUGCCAAUCUUCCCGAGCUUCGUUACCUGCAUCUGCAUGAGAACCGGUUUAUUGGACGUGUUCCUCCAGAAUUGGGUACUUUACAAAAUCUGCGACACCUAGAUGUUGGUAACAAUCAUUUGGUCGGCACUAUAAGGGAACUCAUAAAGAUUGAAGGUUGUUUUCCUGCUCUUCGUAACCUUUACCUUAAUAACAAUUAUCUUACUGGAGGGCUUCCGGCUCAGCUUGCAAAUUUGACAAAUUUGGAAAUCUUAUAUCUAUCCUACAACAAAAUGUCUGGAAUUGUUCCAUCAAGCAUUGCUCAUAUCCCUAAGUUAACUUACUUGUAUUUGGAUCACAAUCAAUUUUCUGGGAGGAUUCCAGAUGCAUUUUACAAGCAUCCUUUCUUGAAAGAAAUGUACAUUGAAGGUAACUCAUUCAGACAAGGUGUAAAUCCAAUUGGGGUUCACAAAGUGCUCGAGCUUUCUGAUGCAGAUAUGGCAUUCUAG